UGAACCCGGACGUGAUCUCUCUACCUGCACAGGCGAGUGACGUCUUUCCGACGCGACUAUUCAGUUUUGGAUUCCCAAAGAAGAUAUGAGGUUUGAUCUCCUUCUCCCCUGUCUACAGCUGCUGUGGUUGACUGCAGCAAUCCCAUGGAGACCGGACGAGAGGAAAGUUUCUGGACCCACUUGCAUCAAGCUGGGUCAAAGGGUUUCACUCACACACACACUGGAAUGCGGGAGAUGGGUAUGGAAAUACACAAAGAGGCCAUCCACAUUUUUCAGUACACUUUCAACCAGAAAACUAGUCACGUGGCCUCCCGGAGUAGUACCGGAACCAAAUUGCGCAUCAAAAAUUUGCUGUAAAGUAGGCUCCAACCAUCUCCCUAUAGUAAACAUUUCAGGUGACACACCGGCACCCACAUUUUUCCACAACAUAACAGCCUGGUAUCAACUUAAAGCAGAGCCAGGAGCAAAAAUUGGGAGCAUGCGCACUCUCUAUGAAAAAACCAACAAUGGAUUAGAUCCUAAAAUCUGUUAUUCUACCAAAGAUUUAGAGCCCGCAAUAUAUAGGUGCACACACACUGAGACAAUCAACAAUACACAUAUGAGUUACACCGAAUAUAAAUUCGAUGUAACUUCAUAUGUACCUGAUAACAAUCAACCCGAAGCCUUUGUCUGGACUAGCCGGAGAGAAGGCAUGUAUUGCGUGGGAAAAUGUGUCAAUGACCCAUAUAAUUACACUGGGCCACAGAAUUGCACAUGGACAAUGAAUCACUGUUUUAAUUUAACCACCUGUGGAUAUAGCAAACCAAAGAAAUGUCCGAAACUAUAUCCUAUUCCUCAUGGUGGAUUGAUAAAAGGGAAUGUUAACAAGACAUUAUUUCAUGAUGUAAAUCUAGUAAUGACACAUGUAUCAUACAAUAUUUCCAACGUUUUAUCUGCUUACGUUAAUCACUGUGAUAACAAUGACAAGACAUAUGCAUGGCUACAGUCACGAAUCGAUGAUUUAAUUUCUGAUUACAAAAACAGACUUGCCGUGCAAAUCUCACCUGCACGCUCAAAACGAGAUCUGCUCGGAAACAUAGCAGGUCUCUUCGGCUCAGUUAAUUCCAUUGCCAACAACUACAAAAUAACUGAACAAUCACAAUACUCAACAUGGUUGGCAAACCAGGUGGCCACUGGUUUUCAGCAUAUCACAAAUAGCAAUGAAAAUAUCAUAAAGGCGGUUCGAUCCGAAGCGCAGGCGCUUCUUGCGAUCAGCCACACAUUAUUCAAUCAGACCCGUACCAUCGAACGUGACUUAGCCUGUAGGACAUAUGCACAAGAUCUAUUCACUGCUGCUAGACAAGAAAUCCUUGAUCUUCGUCUGUACAAGACACCUAGACAUGUUUUGAAUGACCUUAUAGAGAUCUUAGAUCUACAUAGGUGGUAUGAAUCAGAACAAAUGAAAAAUGUAAGAUAUUCUGAAUUACUAUCCACCAUAAUGAUGUUUACAGGAAAUGAAUGUAAUGGAUGUAUUGGGUUUUUCGUCAGUUUUCCUUUAAUACACCCAGAUCAGGUUUUUCCAAAUUCAACUACCAUACGCUCUAUGGGCGUGGUAGUGAAGGAUCAGGUAAUUAAAUGGGAUCACCUCACUGGAUACAUGACACAAAAGGGUAAUGAGACCUUGUUUACCAGUCGCACAUGUUGCCAUGAAACGCACAAUUAUGUUAUCUGUACAUGUAACACAUUGCAACCUUUCUUCCCCAAUGACACCAAACUUAUAAAUGUUCAGUCGCUGCAUGGUUACUCUGAUGUUAUCCAGGUGUCACACUCACAGUGGUGCGUGGUCAGUGAGAUGAACUCUUUUACCUACGGAGGACUGACCUGCUCUGCUAAUCACUCGUUCUGCUUGGAAGUGACAGAAGACCUUUCGAUGGGUCAAGUCAACAUUUUGGGAAGAGUGCCACUGGACACAGAGACUUCACCAUGGUGGGAUGACACUUUCUAUGAGCAAGGUACACAAGCUGUGGUUGACACAAUGGAGCUAACACAGAGACUGAUCCUGCAAACUGAAUACCACCUCAACCAAGCGCAGGUUGAGAUCAACCUGGCACGAAAGACUGCACAACUGUUAUCCAGUUCAUCCACUCGGUCGGCACAGUACACAUACACCUGGUGGGACUGGGUGUUCCGGGGGUGUGCCAUUGGCAGUGCCCUGAUCUUCACCUUCACUAUGUUCCAGUGCUGCUACUUCAGGCACCUCAUCAGAUCUACACAGGAAUCCACACACGCUGCCCUUGCCCUCAGCCCACUGCAGAUACCCGUGUUCCAAAGACUGUAAAAAAAAAAAAAAAAAAAAAAAAAAAAAUUUGAUUUGUCUGACCCCGUAGGUACCCUAUCACAAUUCGCCCACGGGGCCAAGCGGGGAAAUACUGUAAGAAUUUUGAUUGAUCCUGACCAAAAGGUCAGCCCUUCCUGAGAAACAGCAUGGACGCCCGAGAAUGCAGUGUGUGUGCCCUGUAGGUGCCCGAGACAGCAGAACAUCAAAAGAGAACCUUUUGCAACACAACAAGUUUCCUACAGGACUCACGGCAGGAGACCAAGACCCCCAAAACACCUUUCUCGAGAAUCAGAACUUUGUAUUGUCGAGCAUCACAUCUCCAUACAAAUGGUUGAUCUGCGAACAGAUGGAUGCCCUUGAUUGCCGGGCAUCACAUCUCCAUGCAAAUGGCAGAUCUGCAGACAAAUGUCUGCCCCUCUACCCCUCCUUUCAUUGUUAUUCAUGUUUGAUUUCAUUAAAAAGGUUUCAUCGCGACUGGUACACAGGUUUCAUUCCCAUAUCAAUAAAACAAAGGUUUAAUAGCUUACACCCACUACAAAUGUAUCCAGGAUGAGGUGCCUCCCACAGGUCUGUAAGAACCAAUCACUGCAAACUCCCAUUUGUAAAUAAUGUAUACAUAAUGUUUAUUCCGUCUGGGUAUUUAAGGAGAGCUGACAAACAUUUCAGGGAAUCUGUAUACAGAUAUCCCGCACGAUCGCUGUGUGUAGUUUACAUCUCCAGGUAACAUUUUCAAACCUUCUCAUUUUGUACCAUUAAGGUUUUGUAUGAUUGAUCAAUGUAUUAUAUUACUUGAAUUGAAGAUUCACUUUUGUAUUAUAGAAUGUCUUUAUGGGAUUGAUCAAUGUUUUAUUUUGUCUGAGUUGGUUUUGAAUUAUUUCAUAUUUCUUAUGAUUGGUUUAUAUGUUAUAUUGUUUGAAUUGACUUUGAAUUAUUGAUUGAAUUGACUUUGAAUUAUUGUGUUGUUUACCUGGUAAAUAAAUUGUUACAUUUGUAUUCAUUCUAA